ACCAGCUUAUGCAAGCUGAAGAAAAGGCUGGUGGUUCUGUGUCCUGGUCAACCUAUGGAAUUUACAUCGAGGCUGCAGGAGGUAGUCUCGUCUUCUUUGUAAACAUUCUUCUGUUCAUACUGACAGCAGGCAGCAUAGCAUUCAGUAACUGGUGGCUCAGCUAUUGGAUUAAGCAAGGCAGUGGGAAUACACCUGUAACUAAAGGUAAUACAACCUACAUCAGCAACAGCAUGAGAGACCAUCCGAAACAGAACUUUUACACUUGCGUCUAUGCUCUAUCCAUGGUGGCUGUACUACUUUUCAAGGCACUCCGUGGUUACACAUUUGUUAAGUGCACACUUAGGGCCUCCUCCAAGCUGCAUGAUUCUCUUUUUAAGAAAAUUCUGAGGAGCCCAAUGCAAUUCUUCGACACAACGCCUCUGGGUCGCAUUCUAAAUAGAUUUGCUAAGGAUAUGGAUGAAGUGGAUGUGCGACUGACCACACAGACUGAGAUGUUGAUCCAGAAUAUCAUUCUUAUACUGUUCUGUCUUGGUGUCGUCAGUUCCGUCUUUCCGUGGUUCCUCAUUUCAGUGUUACCACUCAGUAUUAUCUUCAUGGUAGUCAACAGAAUAUCAAGGGUUUUAGUUCGUGAGCUUAAGCGUAUGGACAGUAUCAGUCAGUCACCGUUUACAUCCCACAUCACCUCCAGUGUCCAGGGUUUAGCUACUAUCCAUGCUUAUGACAAAGAAAUUGAGUUCCUGCAAAGGUAUCAGGAGCUCCUAGAUUCCAAUCAAGGUCCCCAUUUUCUGUUCAGCUGCGGCAUGCGCUGGCUGGCCGUUCGCCUUGAUCUUAUAAGCAUCAUACUUAUCACCAUUGUGUCAGCAAUGAUGGUUUUCAUGCAUGGAAGAAUUCCGCCAGCUUACGCAGGCCUUGCCAUCUCUCAUGCAGUCCAGCUGACAGGACUGUUCCAAUUUACGGUCCGCUUAGCAUCAGAAUCGGAAGCCAGGUUCACAUCUGUAGAAAGGAUCAGGCAUUACAUAAUGAAUUUGGAAUCUGAAGCACCACCACAUAUUCCAGAGACAGCACCUCCCCCUGAUUGGCCUCAGGAAGGAAAAAUCCAGUUUGAGGAAGUGGAAAUGUGUUACCGUGAUACCUUACCAGUUGUGCUUAAGAAAGUUACAUUUACCAUUAAACCUCGGGAAAAAAUUGGAAUUGUAGGAAGAACAGGAUCGG